AUCAAGGUGAAAAUAUGAAAAGCUUGUAUUUAGAAUAGUUAUAAUUAUACAAAGCAAAUAUAACGUGCAAGGCAGAGUUAUGGUAAAGGUAUCAAAUGAAUUGUAGUAUUAUUUUUAACAUGACGUCUGCUUCCUAAAGCCUCGUUAACAUGACGUCUGUGUUGUGGUCUGCUGCGCUGGGCGCGUGUGUUGGUUGCCUUCCAGUGGCGGCCUCCACCCGAGCCUCAUUCUGUCGUUGCAUUGCAGCCUCAGUGUUUCUUUAUGGGAGGAGCGGUGCGACUUCCCCACUUCUGCCCCCACGAUGUAGGCUACUUUUUUUUUUACAUCCCUGCUUACGUUUGGCUGGCAUAGCCUAAUUUCCGCAUUCCCAAAAUCCUCCCAAAUUGCGGAUCACGUUUAAAAUCGCGCUGAUGCAACGGUUUCCACUUUUUAAAAUCUAUUCUCGACCCUGGGCUGGCCAGAAGAAAGGACAUUUGUUGCACCUGGGAUCAAAGUCAGCUGUGGUCACGACCGAGUCUGACGCGAUGCCAGGACGAAUCCCAGAUCCCUCUGUGACAGCGGGCUCCCUGCCCAGCCUGGGUCCACUGGCUGGGAUCUCAGCCACCACGCUGACUGACGAGCUCAGAUUCGGGGACUUCCAGGAGUUCGGCACAAUGCUGUCACCUCUGCACUUCCUGGGCAGUCUGGGGAAGAGGCCCCCAGUCAUCAAAACAGAGAGAGAUGAAGAGACCGACAGGAGGAAACGAAGGCGAGAGAAAAACAAAGUGGCAGCGGCUCGAUGUCGAAAUAAGAAGAAGGAGAGAACAGAUUAUCUACAAAAGGAAUCAGAGAGACUCGAGAUGUUAAACUCUGGCUUUAAGGCCCAGAUUGAGGAGCUGAAGCUGGAACGACAGCAACUGAUCCUCAUGCUCAACCGGCACCGCCCCACCUGCAUCGUCAGGACGGACAGCGUCAAAACCCCGGAGGGCGAGGCCAACCCCCUGUUGCAGCAGCUGGAGGGCAAGUGAGGGCGUCACCACUUUGUACAGUUUACGGUUGAGAAGGAGGAGCCAACUAGCAGCACUUAAAGUCGGAGGAGAUCCCGCCGAGCCCUCCCACCUCCACGCAGAGCGCCACGCCACGAAACGUGGAUCCAAUGGACACGGUUUAUUGCAGUUCAGUCAUUUAUUCUGUGCCUUUGUCUCUCUUGCUCUCCCAUUUAUGUGUCAUUGUGGCCACCGGAGCUCAAGCCACUGUCAGUAUGAAGGUAAACAAAACAAAAAAACUAGUGCUGUGAAAAAUAACGCGUUAACUCAGUUAAUUCAAUUUCAGGUUUAACUAGUUUUUUUUUUUUACGCAUUUAACGCAUGCGCAGAAUGAGCUUCCAAUCCGUCUGUUGUUGGUCGUCGGGACGAAAAAAAAGUCACUUGCAGAAUGAGCUUCCAAUACACCACUUCAAUCUGAACUCUGUCCGCUCUCAUGCAGACGGUCUGUUCAUCGGUAAUGAUCCUUCCACAGGUUCACCUACGGAAACCUUGUUACGACUUUUACUUCCUGUAGAUCAGGGUCUCAACACGUCGAUCGCGACCUGCCAGUCGAUCGCGGCGUAGUGUCGGUAGAUCGCAUGACAUUAAAGAGAUUGGCCCCUGACAUGUUCUCUAGAGCACGUCUUUGUUCUUUUAUUAAACUAAACAUCUGUUGUUGAUCGUAUCUCCACAGCAGCAUGUCAUUUCUGUCUCUUCGCGUUGCGUUAACACUUAUCGAUCUCCGUCUCGCGCCACAGAGCUCCGUGCGCGCGCAUCGGGACCGAGCAAAAAAAAGUCACUUGUCAAUCUGUCCCCGUGUCCGGGCCGGUGAGGUUUCAGCUUUGCAGCGGUGUCCCCGCCGUCCCUUUCAUCACGGCCCAGUUCAUGAAGAAAACCCACACAGUCAGUUUGCCUCAGCAGCUGUUAGAGGAAGACUAGAGGCCUUUAGAUUGUAUCAUGGUGGAGUUAAUGGUUGACAAACAAGAGACAAAUGUUCUGUUUAACCCUCCUGUUACCUUUACAUUUACUAACAUAUUUUACCCUCGGGGUCAAUUUGACCCCAGCAAUUAAAACCUCCAGAAAAGUAUUAGAAUUAAUUUUGCUUCCCAAGUUUAAGUGUGAGGUACUUUAUGUUUGUUUGUUGACUACCUAAAUAGCCCUUUAAAUAAAUAAAAAAGUUGAUAUUUCUUAUAUGUUUGACACAGUGAAAAACAGCCUGGGGUCAAAUUGACCCCAAAGAACACCGACAUUAAACAUUGAAUGGGGUCAAAUUGACCCGAAAGGUAACAGGAGGGUUAAACAUUCUGUUUAGGAUGAAGAUGUAUUAAUGUUCCAUAUGGAAGAAAACUGCUAAAUAACUGCUGAGUUGCAGCACCAUUGUAUAGAAGAAUGUAUAAAUGUAUAUAUCCGUCUUUUGUCAUAAAUCUCUAUGUUCUCACAAAAUAUUCCGAGAAUAUCGGUAAUAUGUGAUUAAUCAUGAUUAAUCCACAAAAACCUGUGAUUAACCCGAUUAAAAAUUUUAAUCGUUUCACAGCCCUAAAAAAAACGCAACACAGCUGUUGGCACAUUACUUCCCGUUCAGUUGGUUGUUUUGAAGUGGGUUUGUACUAUAUGUCUUCUUAAUUGGAAAUUGUUCACUGUUGAAAACAGUUUCAGUUUAGCAAAUAAUUUGGUGAUCUACAAAUGAUCCAUUUGAUCUUGCUAUUGUUAAAAAUGUAUUUUGGGAAUCAUAGGAACUGAAAUUCAACUAGAGAAGAGCAAUUCUUAAUGGAUACAUUGAGUUUAAUUUGCUCACUCAAUUAAGAAAAUAGUAAAUUCUCAAUUUACACACCCCACAGAUAGGCAGAAGCUUUUUUACUUCAAAAUGACCAUCACUCAUGGUCAUUUUUGUUCUUUCAUUUAUUUGGUGGCUCAGCAGUUGAUGCUUUUUCUCUAGCUCUUUUUGGCGCAGGCGUCAUGUAUGCACAUAUAUAUGUAUCUAUCUAUAUAUAUAUGGACGGUUUACAUUGUACUUUAUAAUCUGUAAGCAUAUUGUUACUACCAAUUGUGUUUUUUAUACUUUUGUAUAUGAUGUUACGUAUAUAAGCUAUCACAAAAUCCCAAUGUGUAUUUCCUUAAGAAAUAAAUAUUUAGUUUUUU